CUUUUCAGAGUGACGUCAGUGGCCCUUGUCAGCCUGAUCAUCCCCCCCACCUGCCCCAGCUACUUUACAUCCCUCUACGUCACGUCAUCGUCUUCCAACACAUCAACAAGUGCACCAAGAACUCUAUUGAAAAAAUUAGACAGAUGUUUGAUUUGAAUCGAAUGCCUUUUUAAUCCCGUGCCAUGAAAUUUUAUCCUGGUAAAGUUUACAACAAAUUAAAUUUGAGUAAUAGUUCUAAGAAGGUGAUUGAUUUACCAAAAAAAAAUGACUCAUAUUGAGUUAAAUACUUUAACGCCUGAUGGUAUUGAAUACCUUGAAGUUCAAGAAUUCUUUCACAGAAAAGGUGCUAGUUCCAAAAACUUUGAAUUAAAAAUUGUUGCCAUACAUGAAGUUACUAACCCAAAGCUCUUCAAACGCUUCCAAAUCAAUCAAGCACGUUAUAAAAAUAUACAUGGGCAUGUUCAACUUCUCAGGUUGUUUCAUGGAACAAAAAGAGUAAAUAUACCUUCAAUUUUGAAAGAUAACUUAGAAGUUUGCCGACAUGGUCUGAACUGCGGAGACAGGUUUGGUCCAGGUGUAUCCUUUUCAGCCAUCCCAUAUUAUUCCAGUCACUACUGUGAUAAGUUUGAACAAGUUAAGCAAAUGCUGUUGUGUUGGGUACUUGUAUCCAAUAUAAUUGAGAUUCCAGAGAACAUGCCAUUCGAUGAACCCCCCUUUAUUCCUGGUCACUAUCCUCUUCAAUAUGAUACUACAGCAAAAAACAAAGAAACUAUGGAUGUGAUUGUUAAGUUUAGAGAUCACACUUUUUAUCCAGCUUAUGUCAUAGACUUUCAAAAAGUGCCUCGAGGCCACAUUGCAAAGCCAUUGACAUUCGACUAUAUGAAAAGUGCUUUAUUUCUAUAUCCUGAAAUUAAUCUGUACCCAAGUUUUUCAAUAACCAAGCUAAGUAUUAGUGACCCUGAUUACAGAGACAUUUCCCGAUUGUUUCACAGAAGAGGUGCUACAAAUCUUUCUGAAACCUUAGAGUUAAAAAUUGUAGCCAUAUAUGAGGUCACUAACCACAGGCUCCACAAACGCUUCGAAAUCAAUCGAUCACUAUAUAGAAAUAAAUAUGGGAGUGUUAUGGAACAUGAUCUUUUUCAUGGAACAAAAAGAAAGAAUGUGGUAUCAAUUUUAAAAAAUAACUUGCAAGUUAGAAGUCUAGAAACUGGUCUAGGUGUAUCCUUUUCACGCAGACCAUAUAUUUCCAGUCUGUUCUGUGAUGAGCUUGAAACCGUAAAGCAAAUGCUGUUGUGCAACGUACUUGUAUCCAAUAUAAUUACGGUUCAGCGGGACUGCUUAUUUGAUCCACCUCCCUUUAUUGAAGGUGGCUAUCCUCUUCGAUAUGAUACUACGGCCCAUAAAUCCACAUUAGUCAAAUUUGAAGAUCACACUUUUUACCCAGAGUAUGUCAUAAGCUUUAGGGAGGUAAGACGUCGCCAUAACCAUCCCAUAAUGCCAUUGGAAGCAAGCCACCACUUUCAGAGACCACAAGAACAAACUUUCUAUGAAUCAGCGCCAUCAGUGCUAGAAACUAUUUGUGCUUUAGCGCUAAUAAUAUUUAUAAUUGUAUUUACAAUUUUGGUAAUUGUGCAGAUGAGGUCCCCCUCCUGAAAGUGGCCGUAAUUGGUAUUUUUGGAUUGUUUGAGGUCCAGGUUGCACAAUUACCACCAUUUUUAUUACUAUCAUAUUAAGAUUCUUAAUUUUUCUCUGGUUAUCAGCUUAUCAUCAGUAAUCAAUAUUUAACCGUAGGAAGAUAAUUUUCAAGCAGAGCCCUAUCAAGUGAAUUUUCAGAGAUUAAAAUUUUUUACAAGCUACUC